AUAGAAAAUCAAAGACGGCAACACUGACAGUUCUUUAAGUGAUUCCUAAACGUGACUUAUAUUAUUUAUUCUGAUAAACUGUAAAUAGAGAUUGAUGUGGAAUUUUGUCUGAUCUGGAAUACCUUCGAGAUGUCCAGAAGCGGUUACUCAAAUGAUGAUUGGAAGUCUUGGUGUCGCCUCUGUGCUAAAGAGGAUACACAAAAUAUUGAUGUAUUAUCGGGAGAGAAUAUAACACUAACGCCCGCAAUCUCUUCUAGAAAGCACAGCAAAUUUCUUGCCAUCAUAGAGGAAUUCUUUCAAGUUUACAUUGAACAAAAUGACGAUCUUCCCCAUUUGCUUUGUGUACAAUGUUUAUCAUUGGUUUCAGCCUUGGUUAAAUUUUCGGAGCGUGUAAAAACUGUGCAAGAUAUGUACGAUGCUAUUCAAUAUGCAGACCGAAAAACAUUGGAUUUGAGAGGGAUUCGAGAAAAAUUUAAUGUGUUCGAGGACGAAUUAUUUAUGUUUAAUCUCUCGGAAACAAAAUCAACUGUUGAAAAUGUAUUAGAUGAGGAUAUAAAUGUGCUAAGAUCAUUAGAUGAUAUUGUGAAAAGUGAAAUAAUGUCGGAUGAAGUACAAAGUGGAGUACUUUGCAAUGAGAUUGAAUGCAGGAAUGAAUUUCAAGAUCCUUUUGUUGAUGUAGUUGAAAACAUUGGCAGCGAAGUAGAAAGCGUUAUUUCUACAAACAGCAGUAAACCAGACAUUUAUAUUAAGGUAGAUGAAGACGAGACGAUGGAUAACCUUAAUGAACAACACAUUUCUUACAACAACAGAUUACUUAGCUCUAAGGAAGAAUCAACGGAAGACGAAUACUUCUGUGCCGACUGUUCGAGUCAGUUCCAACGCCUGAGCAAUUAUCGUACACAUUUGAAGAAAAAACAUGGAAGAGAUUUGGAACCCGUGAAAUGUCCUGAAUGUCCUAAAUCCUUCGUGGGUAAACAGAAACUAGAUCUCCAUAUAAAAUCACAUCGGCCACUGUCGGAGAGGUGUAUAUUUCCAUGCCCAGAAUGUGACCAAAAAUUUCAACACAAAGCUUCUGUGUCCACACAUAUAAAGCAUGUGCACGAAGAUAUUCGCCCAUUUAUUUGUGAAGAAUGUGGAGAAGGUGCCCGAACAAAAGCUAGACUACGGAUGCAUAUGCUCGUACACAGCGACCUUGCGCCUUUUAAAUGUGAUGUAUGUGAGAAAGCUUUUAAAGAUAAGAAGCAUCUAAAGAAUCAUAUGGAGAUACAUAGUUCCAGUAAAUACACCUGUAGUGAUUGUGGCUUGCAGCUAAACUCACGCGUAACCUUACGUCAACAUAUGAUUGUACAUUCUGAUAUUACCCCCCACAAAUGUGAUUAUUGUGGGAGUGCUUUCAAACGUGCUAAGAGUCUGAAGAGUCAUUUAAUACUCCACAGCGGUCUCAGGCCAUAUCCUUGUGAAUUCUGUGAAAAGACGUUUACUAGUAGAACGAGUAGUCGUUCUCACAUGAAAAGAAUACAUCCUGAUCAAUUCGCUGCUUUAGAGGCUUCUGGUGAAAAAGCUUACACGAAAGAUGUACCAAAGUUGGCCGUAUUAAAGACAGUAAUGCAAUCAACAGAACUCGAUCUUAAACCAGUUGUUCAAAAACGACGCGCUAAUUUUCCAUUGGAUAAAAAACCAAAGACUCACUUGAUUGAGGCACCAACCGGUGCUACCACAACAGCCGUUAAGAAUAGAUGCUUCGGAAAAAAAGAAGGUGCCAACUUAUCAACGAGGAGUGGCAUUCCAUCGUGAUUGGCGUUACAGAAACAUUUUCUUCUAAUUUGCGAUGCACAUUUUUUACUUGGUUGUUACAGCCUAAAUUGGAUGCAUGUAGACCGAGUCAAAGCAUUAUUAUAAGAGAUGAAAUAAAUUAAAUUAUUAAGGAACAUUUAAA